AUGAAUCGAAAUAAACGACGACAAGAAGAUAAUUCGUUUACUGAUUAUAAUAAUAAUAAUAUUAAAAAACCACGACAAAACAAAAUUACUUUAUCUGAUCGUAUUACCAAUCUUGAAGAUCUUUCUAAUGAACUUUUUUAUGAAAUAUUUGAAUAUCUUAUCGAUCAUCAUGCAUUUCAAGCUUUUUAUGAUCUUAAUUAUCGAUUUCAAAAACUUGUUCUUAAUUCCAAUUCUACAAUUAAAAUUAAUAUUUCAUCCAUAUCAAAAUCUCAAUUUCACCAUUAUUUAACAGAUAGAAUUAAACCAUGUACUUCUCGAAUUGAAUUAUUUCGAUUAUCAAAUCCAUGUAUUGAUCCAUGUUCAUUAUUACUUCCAAUAAUCACAAAGUUAACUCAACUUACUACACUUAUUUUAAAUAAUAUCGAAGCUAAUUUUAUCGAACCAAUUGUUAAUCAAUUAUCUUCAUUACCUGUUUUAUCUUCAUUAACUAUCGUAUCGAUUAGUAAUAUUAUAACUAAAAAUAAUCUUUAUUCAAAAUUAUUUCAAUUACCUAAAUUGAAAUAUUGUCAGAUAGACAUUGAAUUAUUAGAUAUUCCAAAAAAAUUUACUAUUGCUACUAAUGAAUUUAGUACUAUUGAAUGGUUGAUUAUUAAUCAUCGAAUUUCAAUUGAUAAACUUCUUAUUUUAUUAACCUAUGUUCCACAAUUACGUCGUUUAUCUAUUGAUCAAUUGGUACAAUCAGAAUUUGAUCAAUUAUCAAAAACUUCGACAAAUUUAAACUAUUUAACAAAUGUUUCUCUUAAAUUUGCCUUCCAUUUUAAUGUUCCUUUUCAACAAUUUGAAAUUUUAGUCGAAAAUUAUUUUCAUCAAGUUCAAGUUUUAAAUAUUAAAACACAAUCGGUUCAUUUAGAUCUUGAUACAGGAAAAUAUCUCAAUGCUAAUCGAUGGGAACAAUUAAUUUCAACUUCUAUGUUAAAUUUACGUAUCUUUAAUUUUCAACAAUCAUAUCGUGGAUUUCGUUCUAAUGAAGAACGUCAAGCAUUUGAUUACUUUAUUAAUAAAUUUAAUUCAAAAUUUUGGAUUGAACAUCAAUGGUUUUUUGACUACCAUUAUCAUGAAACGAAAAGGUCGACUACAGCCGUUUUCUAUUCAAGAAAUCCUUACAGGAAAAAAGAUUAUGUGUUGUAUGAUGAAUUAAUUGAUAAUAUUUAUUUAACUUGUCAUGAUAUAAAUGAAGAUCCAAUUCAUCAUAUUUGUCUUCAUACAACAGAUAUAAUAAAACAAUGUUAUGAUAAAUUUCCAAAUGCAACUGAACUAACGUUUUGUGAAGAUUUUGAAGUACCUCGUGUCGACUCAAUUGUAGUGGAUUUAAAUCGUUUUCUUCCAUUGAAACAACUUACAAAAUUAUCUAUUAAAUGUCAUCGUUUUACUUUCGAACAAUUAAUUGAACUUUUACAAUUUACACUGAAUAUUCAUACAUUAGAACUUGAUUCUAUCGUAUUAUUUCGAACUGAUCCAAUUUUAAUUCAAAACCAUGAAUUAACUCAAUUGGUAUCAAAAAUAAAUCUUAUAACAAAUGUAACAAUUAUGAAAGAAAUAACAGUAGAAAAAAUUCAAUUAUUAACUGUUGCUUUUCCUCGAAUAGAACAUUUGACAAUUAAUUUAUUCAAAGAAGACUUAAGACCUAUAGUUAAAUAUUUAUUUUCAAAAUUGAAUAAUAAUACACGUUAUUUAUCUUUAUUACAUAUUUCCAAACAACGUCAUGAUUGGAUGAUAUUAUUGAAAAGUAUUAUUAAAUCGAAAAAACUUCCUCGUAAUUAUGUUUUUAAAGUUAUAAAUCGAACAUUGUAUAUAUGGUGGUAG